CUUAAUGGUCAAAUGGGGACAUACGGGGUUUUAGAUGGAUUACUUUUACACAUUAUGUUGCAAUCUACGUUUAAAGGCAGGUAUUGGUGAGAUAAGAGGAAGGAGACAGCGCAGGUGGAGUGGGCGGAGUCAAGCUAAAGGUAGACAAACAGAACAGAGUAACAGCACUGCUCCCAGGAGCCGGACACAGAGGAGAGGUAAACAAGAUGGGCUGUUAACGCGGCGGCACUCCUUAUGAAGAUCACUGAAGAUGUGCUGAAGAGACAAUGAAAAGCAGAUAAACUUAUCACUUAUAACAUGUUUCUGGACUAUACAUUCUGACUAGAAGAGGAGAACACCAAAAACAAACAGGAUGUCGUCGGACUAUCUCUGCAAACACGGAGAUACCAUCUGUGAGAUCCGAGUGUACGAGCAGGAGGUGAUAGUGGUGCCGGUCCUGCUCUUGGGUGCGUUUGCUGUCGUUUUGGUCUUUGUGUUGCUGCUGCGUUACUGCCCGGAGAGAGUCGACAAAAUCCGACCCCAAAAUCUCAAAAAGUCUUUCCGGUCUCAGCACAACAGGAGAGUGCUCACGGGGAUCGAUGCUCCUCCCGGUCUCAACCCUCUGGAGCAUGAAAGCAUCGCCCUGGACAUGCCCAGCAGCUACUCCACCUUCCACCCGCCAUCCACCUACCCCAGCGGCAGGUACGCCUCCUCCAAAAGCCUGCGCCUGCCCAUGGACUCCACCGACUCCCCAGACACUUUCAAGCCCAGUUUUGUGCCCGUGGCCCAACCCAGAGAAUUGCCCCGUCAGAGGUUACCGGAGAAGUUUAACCUGGUGUCCCCUCUGCCCGUUGCCUUCUCCCUGCGCUCCGACUCGGCUGUGUCCCUGUACAGAGCGCGCAUGGACAACAGGAACGUGGUGCUCCGGGUGCUCAAAGACACAGCCAAUGCCUCCGAGCGUCACUCCUUCCUGGGCUUUGCGUCGUUCCUGGCUCAGAUCGGGCCUCAUCCGUUCCUCCCGGAGCUGCUGGGGGUGGUGUCUCUCAGAGCGCCCCUGGUCACUGUCAUUGAGGAGAUGGAGAACAGAGACCUGCUCAGCCUGCUGUGGAGGUGCAGACAGGACACAGAUCCUCCUUGUGAAAUGACUGAGAGGAGAAUUUGCACAAUGGCUGCACAAGUCGCCUCAGCACUGGAGUUUUUGCACAGUAAGGACCUGCUCCACGGGAACAUUCGAGCCCGCAGUGUCCUGGUGAGUAAAGAGUACACGGCCAAAUUGUGGGGGCUUCACGGAGUCUACACCCGGAAAAACCAGCAGGGCACCCAGAAGGACGACCCCAGCAUGAAGAAGUGGCAGGCCCCAGAGCGCUUAUCCAAGAGAUCGGCCAGCCCCAGCAGCGACAUUUGGUCAUUUGGAGUCAUGCUGUUUGAAAUGGCAUCACUGGGAGAAGCGCCGUUUGCUGAGAUCCCUGUGAAUGAGCUGAUCCAGUUUCACCAGCGUGGGAAAAGUUUGAAAAAGCCGUUCAACUGCUCCAACAACCUAUACUCCAUCAUUAAAAGCUGCUGUCAGUGGAAGGAGAGUGAGCGCCCCCCUUUGACGGAUCUGAGCAAAAAGCUUUCGUCUGCAGAGAAAAGUGCGUCUGAUAAACCCAUAAAGUCUCCUGGGCCAGUGAAUAUAGAGCAGUACCUGCAGGAGGCGGGCUACGGAGAGACCAACAACUACACUGUGUUCUAAACAAACAAAGGGCAGUGUUCACGUGAUGUCUGUAGAAAGAUUAGAUUAAAGGUCUGGGGUAAAGGACAGACCAUAAAAGAAAAAUGUUGUCACGAUACUAUAAUAUCAGUUUGAUCCUAAUAUUGAAGGAACAUCUUGAUAAUAUAAUUUUUGUGAUGCAUGGUAAACCUCUGUCUCCCAUACAAUCUUCAUAUUUGGAUGUUAAUUUUAUAUAUAAAUAGGUUUAAUGAAAUUUUCACACUUUUAAUUUUUAUCUUUAUUUAACCAGGCAUUACAUAAUAAUAAAAAUAAUAGUAGUAAUUUUACCGGGUGGUCUAUACUACUUAGUAAGGAUGUAACAAUAACCAAAAUAUCGUGAUAUCGUAUCGUCAAAAGUCUCACAAUAUAUCGAAUCAUGAGUUUCUUUACUUAAAUGCAUGGUUUUACAGUAGCAACAGUUUAUAAACAUCCGAAACUACAUAUCCCAUGAUUCAUUUCAGUGCAAACAACACAAAGAAACGUGUUUUUUACUUGAAUUCUUCAGAUUAUGAUGGAAAUAAUUCACACCAAAAUCUUUUCAAGGUAUUUUAAAAUCAGAAACAUGUUCUGUCUACAAUUAUAUCAGCCUCUUCAAAAUGUCGUAAUAAAUAUCGUACCUUGAGACGCAUAUCGUGAUAAUAUCGUACCGAGAGAUUUGGAUAUCGUUACAUCCCUACUACUUAUGAUCAAGACUAUUCUAAAACUACAACUUAAGAGGUUUUAUUUAAAUUUUUUUGUAUUGAUACUUCAAAUGAGUAUCUAGUUUACAUACUAAUUUUACUAUUGAUCCAUAUCUUGUUACUAAUUGAUACCUAUAAGACUUUUCCUCUUUGGCGAUAUUAAGUGAUCAUAUUUGCCAGUUAACGGUGCAAUAAGUUAUGAAAUGUAGAUGUACAUUAUGAAGGCAAACGACAAAUUAAUUAGGUUUCAUAUAAGUAUUUUCUGUUACUUAAAAGAAUAUAGUCCCCUCUAUUUUUGGGGAAUAUUUUGACUUCAUAUGAACUGGUGUGAGAUUUGAACACAGCCUCUUGUGCCACAGAUCAACCAGAUCAAAAGGGCAUGUGAACAUUAAUGAAAGAUUAAAGAUGUUGGUCGAAUCAGUAUGGGCAUAAGAAGUUUAAACUUGAACAAAAAGUGCUAAAUUAUAUUGUAUUUAAAUAACUUGUUCGUAUUUGUGAUGGUUCUAAUGAGAACUUGUGAAAUGUAAACAGGACCGAGCUGCACGUCACUUUAUGAUAGUUUACAAGUCUUGUUUUUAAUAGAGAAUAAAUGUAAUAAUGUAUUUGUAAAGACAGAGUGUGUAAAUAAAUCGGGAUGGGACACAGGCUCUUUAAUAUUAUAGUAAGUCUAUUUUUCCUCUACAGCUCAACCAAAUGACUACGGUACAUAAUUAUUUUUUUUUUAUAUGGAGCAGUCCUGAUCUUGUCCCAUCCCUAAAAGAAAUGUUUACAAGAUCAACAUGUAAAUAAAAUAAUAAAAUCCA